CGGAGACCCAUACUGCUGUGGCAUCGAAACGUAUCGCGGAAAAAGGCAGGCCGGGGGAGAAGAAAAAGGCACGCGAGCCACGGCCGGCCGGCCACCCUGCGGCAGGAAGGUGGCGCAGGCCAGGACCGCGCGCCAGGGAGAGCUCUCUAUUCCCUCUUCAAAGCUUGGGACGAGCACAGUCCGCCGCCCAGCGAACCAAACGAGAGCAAACAAACCAGCAAAGGGCAAAGGCGAGUGGGGGAGCAAAGGCGAGCAGGAAAGCCUUCCGUCAAAGCGCCGGCUGCUCCCUCGCUGCUUGCUCGCUAGCUUCUUCUUGGCUUCUUGCGAGAUUGCUGAGAGAGGGAGGAGGGAUCAUACUUGGGGAAUGGUGUGGCGAGGAAUGUGGACUAGUUGUUUACUUUGAUAAUGCAUUGGACACAAGAUCCUCUGUGAAUCUCGGCAUUUUUUAGAGCAAGUGCAGUGAAGAAAACUGGAGGCCCGAAGGAAUUAUACUAAUCUUUUCACAGAUCAAGAAGGACAGGCAAUUAACAAGUAGCAGGGGGGAGGUGGGGGUGUGUCAGCUUUGUGCUUUGUGGGUGUCCCUCCUCUGGUUUACUGCCCCCCUCUCCACUCCAUAUAGUUUACUCCUCCUGAGGCGCUUGUGCUCCGCCCCCUCUGGCCUCACUGCCUACGAUUGCAGCAGCACCGGCCGCAUAAGUAGGUUGGGGGUGGAGUGUGCUUGAAGCAGGAGUUGCUGUUGCUACAUCGGAACCGAUCCCAUUAUUUGUUUGUUUUCGUGGUACGAGCGAUCUCCUGCCCGGCUCCGGCACGUUGCAAUAUUCGGUCUUCUCGGCGCAGCAACUUGUUCUUGUACUGCUGCUCUGCUCUGAGCCGUUUGCCGUUGCUGCUCUAGACAAGUAUGGGAUAGUGGUGCUGUGCUGCAGCAGUUCUUGCUUCUUACAAGCGGUGGUCUUUGGUGCUCUCUGCGCCUGCAUUGGUGGUCUGGUCUAUAGAGGGGCGGAAGCCGUGGGGCUCUUCGUUCGUGUUUCAAGAUGAAGUUCAUGAAGCUUGGAUCGAAUCCGGAUACCUUUCAGGGUGACGGGAAUGAAGUCAGUAUUGUGGCAUCUGAAUUGGUGAGCGACAUCACUGUUCGUAUAGGGACUACAAAGUUUUACCUUCACAAGUUUCCACUCUUGUCCAAGUGUGCUCGCUUUCAAAAGUUGAUCCCAACCACUGGUGAUGAAAAUAUUGACAUCCACAUCCACGACAUUCCUGGUGGUGUGAAGGCAUUUGAGAUCUGUUCCAAGUUUUGCUAUGGCAUGAUAGUCACACUCAAUGCCUACAAUGUGAUUGCUGCCCGCUGUGCUGCAGAGUACUUGGAGAUGAAUGAGACUGUCGACAAGGGCAACCUGAUCUACAAGAUUGAUGUCUUCCUGAGCUCAAGCAUAUUUCGGAGCUGGAAAGACUCUAUUAUUGUUCUUGGGACAACAAAGGCUCAUUUACCAUGGGCAGAGGAUCUUAAGCUGGUUAGCCACUGCAUUGACUCUGUUGCUUCAAAAGCCUCUAUUGAUGUUUCAAAGGUUGAAUGGUCAUACACGUACAACCGAAAGAAGCUCCCAACUGAGAAUGGCAAUGAUUCUCCCUGGAAUGGAGUCAAACAGCAGCAGUUGGUUCCAAAGGAUUGGUGGAUUGAAGAUCUGACGGAUCUCGACAUUGAUGCCUACAAGCAAGUCAUCACAGCAAUCAAAGCCAAGGGUAUGGUGGCCAAGGAUGUGAUCGGUGAAGCAAUCAAAGCCUAUACUUACAAGAAGCUUCCAUCGUUGAGCAAGGUAUCAAUGAUCCAUGGUGAUGCAAAAGUUCGGGCGAUGCUAGUCACCAUCACAUGCCUGUUGCCAUCUGAGAAAGGUUCAGUCUCAUGCAGCUUCCUCUUAAAGCUACUGAAGGCAACAAAUCUGCUGAAGUGCGGAGAGAUGUGCAGGAAAGAGCUUAUGAAGCGUAUUGCCCGGCAACUGGAAGAAGCAUCAGUGUCCGAUCUUCUGAUACCUACUGUGGACGGGGAUACCACUGUUUAUGACAUUGACCUGAUUCUUAGCAUUGUUGAAGAAUUUGUCAGACAAGAUUGUAAGAAUGCCCAGAAACAUAAUGGUGGGGAAGUGAACGAUCAUGUUUCAGCUCCUAGUGCAUCGAUGAUUACAGUGGCCAAAAUUGUCGAUGGAUAUCUUGCAGAGGUUGCAAAGGACCCAAACAUACCAGUUUAUAAGUUUUUCAGUCUAGCUGAGACAGUUUCCGGCAAUUCAAGGCCAGUUCAUGAUGGGUUAUAUCGUGCCAUUGAUAUGUAUCUCAAGGAGCACCCAGGCUUGGGCAAGAGCGAUAAGAAGAGGCUCUGUGCGCUCAUGGACUGCAAGAAGUUGUCACCUGAUGCAUGCGCUCAUGCUGUGCAGAACGAGCGCCUACCUCUGAGGAUUGUGGUGCAGGUGCUAUACCACGAGCAGACAAGGGCUUCUGCAGCGGCCACCAUCCGAGCUGACAGCAUCGGCAUCGGCUCCUACGAGAGCUCAAGAUCAGGUGCCACAACAAACACUGAAGACGAGUGGGAUGGCGUCAUGGCCGCGGAAGACCUCAGCCUCUCCAAGACCACAAAGCUCGACAAAUGUGACACCGCUGGAACUGACACUGAGAAGAACCAUGGUGGCAACAAGGCAGCCAAUGGCAGGGUGAAAGGUGGCGUGACGCCGAAGAAGGCGCUGGGGAAGAUGAUGUCGAGCAAAGGGCAGGCUGGGGAGCGCAGCAGCUCGGAUUCGUCGGACAGCGCCAUCUUGCCGAGCCAGGAGCACCCCAAGAGGACCCCCGCGAGGAGCACCACCAAGUCGGCAGCUGCGUAGCUGCAGCCCUCACUGAAUGAAAGCUUCAGGAGGGCAUUACUAGGUUUUAGCAGUCGUCUGUUCUUUCUUAUGAAUGUUGCAUAGAAGCAAGGACUGAUGUUUUUACACGUCUGUAGGGGAUGCCAUAAUGCCGGGUCUGUUCUUAGGUGAUGCUGUUAGAGUGUAGGCUUGCCAUGAAACCUGUGAAAUCUGGGGUUCUAUGUGAGGUCCUAUGUCGAACUCGAAGUAGUGUUAUAAGAAUCCAACUUUGUUAGAGUUGAAGCAUAA